AUGGAUGGGGAUUCGCACAGAGAUCUCGACCGGGGAUACCGACAACUUCACUGCUGCCCGAUAUGCGGUGUUAGAGUUGGUCCCGAGGGAGAACGCCCCGAAGACCGCCAGGCACUUUGGGCACACAAGUAUCGAGCAUUGUAUAUGGAUGAGCUAGCCCGCCUCAAACUGACCGAAGAGUGCGAGUUCAUUGGCCCAGGACCCGAACACUUCUACCACAUACACCCUAGCUCAAACGUUGCGUUCGCGCCCAACGAAAGCACCGAGGCUCUUGGAGUCGCUAACCAACCUGCCUACAAUAAUCGAAGGGGAUUCGUCUUCCAUGCCCACUGCUGGUGCAUUCUGAGCAUGGCCAACGGCCCGUCGCCGAUCCCCCUCCGGAGACUGUUCGACAUCUGCUCCUCUCUUCCCAUAAUCGGCAAUACCCUCCAUUGGGGCCAUGACUAUCAAGGACUGCCCCGGCUCUCCGACAACUCUGGUGAUGCAUCGGCUCACAGGCUUUCCGUGUCAAGACAGAGAGAUUAUAUUGUUGCGUAUGACCCUAUACACGACUACCCUGUCGUGCUCAUCGGUCGUUAUCUCGACGUCCCGCCUGCUUGGCCUGUCCGCUCCAUAUCCAACCGUAGAAGAAACAGCGACGCACAGGAUCCCUUCUCUCGCCUCCCAACAGAGCUGGUCCUCAUCAUCGCGGCACAGGUCGAAACUACCGACGUCCUGAAGAUGCGGCAGGCGACCAGGGCAUUCUGGCCACUCCUCCACGACCAAACCUUUUGGAAGACGAGGUUCGGCCCGGGGAGCGAGCGCGCCUGGCUCUUCAGCGUCUACGACGCCAAAGAGCACUCCUGGCUGUUCAACUCCUUCAACGAGCAUGAACAGCGGCGCUGGCUGGAGUACGGAGCCUGGCAGCCUGAAGACUGGAGAUCUCUGUGGCGGCAAACACGCCCGGGACGAGCAGGCCCGGAUCUCAGCAAUCUUCAAAGAGUGUGGGAGCUGGCGGAAGCCAUCCUCCCUAUUCUGCGUAUGCGACCGGGGCCGACAGAGAAUCACUACCCUCUGCCUGAGGAAGUCAAUGAGGGGCACUGGUUGACACACCACGGAGAAAUCCAGGAGCACAUCGGGAGGGCCAUAAGGACCGGAGAUGCGUACCGCUUCACGCGCGGCUGCCGGGAGCUCUACAGCCUCCACAACGAGGUUAGCAAGAGCUUGUGCCGGCUCACCUUUUACUUCGUGGGCGUGGCCGGCUCGCGAUAUCUGGCGGGGCUGAAGAUGACUGAUCGUUCUGGGGACGAGCGGCUCAUGGGCUACGAAUCGUCGACUGCCGUGGGAUUCUGCCCGCACAACUUGGGCCGCACCUUUAGAGGGUUCACUGCUGCGUCGAACACGAGUGGGAUCACGGGUGUCCGCGUCCACUGGAGCACACACGUGUCGGAAUGGAUUGGGGAGGCUGAAAGUGACAGUACCUCGAAGAUCUGGGUAUCUAGGAGAGUGAGAUUUAUGGAGGUUGGGUUUGAUGGAUUCAAAAUUGUGAAGAUCCGUGUGCAUUAUCCUGGAACGACCGUCAUCGACGAAGAGAAAGAAAGGCAAAAAUUGGCAAGAUUGAAGGCACGCUUCCUUCAUUGA